UAACAUCCCAAAUUCCUUGCAGGUAGUGCCGCGGCUGCUGGGUUCCCUGGUGGGUGGCGCGAUGAGUCCCACGCAGCACCUCGAACAACAACAGGCCCUCGUCAAACAGUUUGCAGAAAUACUGGAGUUCGUGCUCAAAUUUGAUGAAUACAAAAUGAAAACGCCGGCGAUACAGAACGAUUUCAGUUACUACAGAAGGAGUGUGUCGAGAGGGGGCCUCAUCAACUCAGAGCUACCGCCGGGUGAAGAGCCCCACAUAACAGCGGAGGUGGCUAACAGAAUGUCGCUGUUCUACGCGCAAGCCACGCCGAUGUUGAAAGUGUUGUCAGAAGCCACUAGUCAGUUCGUGAAUGAUAAUCAACAGGAUUUAGAAAAUACGACGGAAACCUUGAGCACGAUGGCGAAAGUAUGCUUGAGGAUGUUGGAGAACCCGAAACUAGUCGCACAAUUCAGUAGAGAGGAGACAUCGCUCCUAGUGCUACGUGUGAUGGUCGGUCUGAUCAUCCUAUACGACUGGGUCCACCCGUCCGGCGCCUUCUGCCGCUCCUCAUCAGUGGACGUGAAGGGCUGCGUCAAGUUCCUGCAGCAGCAGCCGCCGACGAAGGCCGAGCCGCUGCUCAACGCCCUCAGGUACACCACCAAACAUCUCAACCACCAGUCGACGCCAAAGAACAUCCGCAGCCUGCUAGCGGCGUGAGGACAGCACUCGAGCCUUGCAUGUUGCUGUGGGGAAUGAUUCGACAAUAAUUGUGGGGGGUUUCUCAUCGGCACACCUUUAUUUGCUGAUAUAUUGCAUGCUCUAAGUAGGUGUUAGCAAAAUAUAUUUUAAUAAUCAUUCGAAAAUGCUCGUUUAGUUUAUUCGUGUUUCUUUGACACCAACUUAAAGAUUUAUUAUACCUUUGUAAAUGUGUAGUCGAUUGCUCAUAUUCUAAAUAAACUAUGUAUUAUAAUAACAUAAUGUAUAACAUAUUUCUAUUUUGGGAAACUAUACGUUUGUUUCAUAAAUACGCUAGCUUUUAAAGCAUAAUUUAAUGUUGAGAAAAAGGUCCCUAUACCCACUCAAUGCAAGGUCACGUCACCACAACAAACGAUACAGUCGCAAAGUGAAUUAGAUUUUAUAAACAGACUCUAGGGAGGCUUAGGUGUCCUAAUAUACUUAAGGAAAAAGUAUUAUAAUAUGUUGUAUUUACUGUAUGAAAAUUCUCUUGGAAUUUUAUUGAUUGGUUACCACAUCAUUAAAUUAUGUGAUUUGUACAAUAAUUAUUGUUAUUGUUGUUCUGACAAGGUAAUGUGCUUUGUUGCAUAAAUAUAGGGUUUAAAAAUACAAUGGAAUAGUGAAUAUAUUUUACCAAUAAAGCAUCAUUGUCUUCAAGGAACAUUAUUAUCUUAGGUCCCAGUGUUUGUUUGUAACAUUGCGUGAAUAAGUUUAUUCAAACAGUUUUGAUGUUUAUAAUAUUGUGUAACGUUUAAAGUAUUUACUUCCAAAGAAUUUUUUAAAAUUUAUUAUAUUCGUUCAUGACAUCGAUGAUACGUUUUAAUUUUUUCAAAAAGACUGAAAUCAACUUCACAGAAUAGAAGAUAUUUUGAUAACUAUCACCCAAAUACACGAUACCAUUCGAAGUCUGAAACGUAACGUCGAAGAAAGUGAAUCGGUCUUGAAGCCUUUUUCAAAUUAUUAUAAAUGUUAAGUAAUUCGUAUAACAAUGUUGAAUUUAUGCGUGCACCACUGCCUUGAUGUUGACUAACGUUUUAAAUUGAAUUUAUAUGUACGAUAUGUUUCAUUGUGUAUAGAACGGCAUGUAUACUGUAUAUACAAUUUUACAUGUAUAAGAAGUAAAUAUUUCUGGAUGCGAAAUGUAGAUCAAAGAAAA